GGUGACAGGACGGAGGGAGGGAGUAUAAAAGGUCAGUUUUGGGGGGAGUUAGUCUGGCCAAGAAGAAUUUGGUACAAUCACAGAGGAUAUUUUACUCCGCAGGCAGAUCAUGGCUGACUAUGACAUGGUGCUCAAGUAUUGGGGCCCAGUGGAGGCAGACUAUGCCGCCCAUGGGAGCCUGGUUUUGACCCGUUUAUUCACGGAGCACCCUGACACCCUGAAGCUGUUUCAGUUUGCUGGCAUUGCCCAGGCUGACAUGGCGAGUGACACAGCUGCUGUUUCUGCGCAGGGUGCCACUGUGCUGAAGAAACUGGGUGAGCUACUGAUGGCCAAAGGCAACCACGCUGCCAUCCUGAAACCUCUCGCCAAAAGCCACGCCUUACAGUACAAGAUCCCGAUUGUUAACUUUAAGCUGAUGACAGAGAUCCUCGUUAAAGUCAUGGCGGAGAAGGCAGGGCUCGAUGCCGCUGGGCAGCAAGCCCUGAGAAACACGAUGGGCACUGUCAUAGCUGAUAUUGAGGCCAACUACAAAGAGCUGGGCUUCAGCGGCUGAACAUUCAAGUUUAUAUCAAAGUUAAAAGACCAUAAACAAGAAAAAUAAAUGGUUUGAUCUUCGGUAAACGACUAAUUUGCAAUGAAAGGAAUACCAUUAUAGCACCAAUGUAAAUUACAGCCUCAAAUAUCAUGAAGAACGUAACUUAUCUUUUAUUGCAGUAUUAUUAGAUUCUGUUUGAUGGUGUAGGCGUUUCUGUUGCUGUGCCUGCUCAUCUAACUUCUUAUUACAGUCAUAAGCAUGUUAUUUAUUUCAAUUUAAUGAGAUUGAUCUUAUCUUGGACACUUGACUAACAACAAACUGUAAACCUUUCACGGAUAUAACCAAUAAAAUUGUGUUGCUCUUC